AUGGAGGGUAUCAGCAAUGAAGUCAACAACAAAACUCUCAUUGACAUUGAAGACAGAACUACCACACUGGGUGGUAAUGAAUUGUCCACAUAUGGCCUGCCACAGACAUUCAGGUCAGGGUCAAAUAGCCUUCCUACUGCUGUCAUUCGUGAAACCUCAUACGACAUUCAAGCGCUUUCAAACUACAUUGCUGAAAACGAGCAUAAAUUACUUCUGGACCAGCUGCAGGCCUACACAACUAUUAUUAACAGUGUACGCCAACGUGAUGGACGAAUCUUCUUCCUCGAUGUUCCUGCAGGGACAGGAAAAGCAUUUAUAACAAAGCUUCUUCUUGCAGAAGUUAGGCAGCAUCAGGACAUUGCAGUAGCUGUGGCUUCCUCUGGGAUUGCAGCUACUUUGUUACCCGGUGGCAGGACAGCACACUCGACUUUUAAACUCCCUCUAAAUUUAGCAGCAUCCGAGAUACCUUCAUGUAACAUCAACAAAAGCUCAGAUCAGGGGCAGGUACUUAAAAGGUGUCAUCUAAUUGUCUGGGAUGAAUGCACCAUGGCUCACAAGAGAGCUUUGGAAGCAUUAGAUAGAGCCCUGAAAGACAUCCGAGACUGUCACGCUCCAAUGGGAGGUGUUACGCUUCUGUUGUCAGGUGAUUUCAGGAAAACUCUUCCUGUCAUUCCAAAAGGCACUAGAGCAGAUGAGGUCCAAGCAUGCCUAAAGUCCUCUAUCAUGUGGCACCAUGUUACUAUCUUCAGUCUAAACACUAACAUGAGAGCUCAGCUACACGGCGACCAAAUGUCCAAAAAAUUCGCACAGGACAUUUUGACAAUUGGUGCCUCUCGAUGCUGCAGAAGAAACAGAAGUAUGGCCAUUUUGUUCUGUUGUUAA